AUGGCAGCGGGUUUGUGCGGAGCGAUUGUAACGAAGGGGGAAGCAGCAGCAGCAGCGGGGGGAGCGGUGCUUGAUUGUGACAUGAGCGGGGUCUUGGAUUUAGAUGCGAAUUUCGUGCCCGGGGCUGAUGACGUGGCGCAGCUAGAGAGAGUGCUGGCGCAAGCUGACGUGGCGUCUGUUACCGAGUCUAGCGGACGAGCCGGCAUUCCCAAUGCGGAUUCGUUCAACCCCUUGGGAUUGCCGCCAGACGUUUUGGUGGUUCCAAACAACCUGGAUGGAUAUUCAUCCCCGUUAAGAGACCAAUCAAUACUUUCGUUACAGGAUUGGGUGAACUGGUUCGAAGGGCGCGAUUCCAACGUGAAUGUAGACAGAAGGGAGUCUGAGCGGGACGCGUGGGGAAUCGGGAAGUGGGAGAAGUGGGAGAGGGGGGUGCCGAGUGAGGGUUCUGAGAAAGGGUUGAUUAUUCCAGAUGCCCUUCCGUUUCUGAGGGAAGAAUCCCCGCUAUUGGACGACUCGUCUUGCGCAAGUAACGAAUUUGUGCUGCCGGAUUUCCAAAUACAACAGCUGCAGCAGAAGAAGCAGGAGCAGCAUCAGAACGAGUUUGCAGAAGCAGUGGAAUUCCACCCGCUGCAGCGAAAAUCAGCUGAGGGGGAGGGGGGCGAGAAGCAUGUGGGGGAGGAGGAAGCGGGGAAGCUAUCAUUGGAAGAGGCGUCGUCUGCGUUGGCUGCCGAGCCUGUCCAUUCCACCGAACCUGCCGAACCUGCCGAGCCUGCCGAGUCUGCCAAGGCUGCUCAUCCUGCUGCGCUGAGAGCGUUCUACUGGACGUACGUGUUCAACUGCUUUGGUGAGCACUCGUGGCGAUUUGCGGGAGCAGCGUUGCUCGCGCUGCUGCAUAACUCGCUGCUGCCCGUGGCUGUAGCCAGCUUCGUCAGCCAGUUGGUGGUAUUUAUUGGUGCUCCCCUCGUGGGAGAGCUUAUGGACUCCGCUCCUCGUGUGGCUGCAUUCAGCACCAUCUCUGUUGCUCAGACCACUGCCAUGGUAGUAGCAGCUCUAGCCACCAUACACGCCAUUCAACUCGCCGCCCCAGCUGCUGCAGGCGCAGUUGCCACGUCAGCCGCCACGUCAGCCGCCACGUCAGCUGCCACGUCAGCGCUGGCUGCCCUCCCGGGCACGGCGGUGCUGCGGCAAGUGUGGUUCGUGGUGCUGGUGGUGGCUGGCGCUGUGGAGAGACUUACUGGAUUGGCGUCUGGAGUGGCGUUUGAGCGAGACUGGGUGAUCGUGCUGGCAGGACAGGAUCGGCCCGUGGCUCUCGCCAAUGCCAACGCUAUGCUGCGAAGAGUAGACCUGUGCUGCGAGGUAGCAGCGCCACUCAUUUUUGGAUGGCUCAUUGUUGCAUUCGGACCACUUGUCUGUGCCAGAGCAUGUGUCGCCCUCGUUGCUCUCUCGCUCCCUGCCCUGCUCGCCCUCACCACGCUCACCAACCGUCUCUCCCACGGAGCUCUCAGCAGACCUCGGCCUAUCGACAAAUCCCCCUUGGAGCCCUUGGAGGAGCCACAGCUGCCCUUACAAGACCAGAGGGCUGAGGGAGCCCAGGUUACGGACUCUGUCAACGCUCAAGCUGCAGAACCCCCCGUCUCGCUCUGCUGCUGCCACCGCUCUUGCUUGCACUCUGUGAACGUGCCACAUGCAUCGGAAGGGAUGUUAGGUGUUGAGCAUCACAGGCACACUCUUCUGCGUGCGUGCAGCACUGGUCGAGGUUGUGGAGCCGCUGCUGCUGCUCCUUCUGCUGCUGCUGCUGCUGCUGCUGCUGCUGCUGCUCCUGCCGCUACUGGUGCUGCAGAGAGUGUUGGGAAAGCGCUGGAUAGAGCAGUGGGGGGCCUGGGGAGAGUGACAGAGGCAGCAGGGAAAGCACUCGAUAAAGCAGCGGCCGGGUUGGGGAAAGUGGCAGAGGCAGCAGGGAAGGGGUGGCGGUGCUAUGUGCAGCAGGCAGUGAUGCCCGCCAGUGCAGCCUACGUGCUGCUCUUCUUCAAUGCUGUGCUGUCGCCAGGGGGGCUCCUUACGUCCUUCCUCUCCCAACACGGCGUGCAGAUGUCAGUGAUAGGCGCGUUCAGGGGCGCCUGUGCUGCCAUGGGCUUUGCGGCCACCUUCGUUUCGCCACCGCUCGUGGCACGACUGGGUGUGCUACAGGCUGGCAGUGCUGCUCUUGUCUUCCAGGCUCUCCUCCUCGCCCUUGCAGUCGCCAUCUUCUCCUCUCUCUCACGCUGCCCUCCGGUGCUGCAGCAGGGAAUGCUGCUGCUCUUCCUCCUCCUCGUCGUGCUCUCCCGACUGGGCCACUGGACGUUUGAAAUCGUAGACUCUCAUCACCUCUCGCUCCUUUACCCUUCCCAACCCCUUGCCCUCCAGGUGCUUUCUCGAGUGGGCCACUGGACGUUUGAGAUCGUCGAUUCUCAGAUCAUCCAGACAGCCAUCCCACCCGCCUCGGCCAAUCUCAUUGGCACAACCGAGAUCGCCCUCGCCAGCCUGGCAGAGCUGCUAAUGCUGGGACUCGCCAUAGUCGUUCACGAUCCCAAGCACUUUGCUGCUCUCGCUGCCAUGUCCAUGGCUGCUGUUUUCGCUGCGGCUGGGGUUUACUGCUCCUGGCUGGCUCGGCCCGAUCCGAGGAUCGAGAAGCUGUUUCCGAACCAGCCGGAGGUUCGGUGGGGGGAGAUGUUUGGGAGGCGGGGGAGUGGAAGGGGGAGGAAGUGA